GGAUUAUUGCAUUAAUAUGACUUUUCUCAAGCGGAUACUGAUAUCCAGCCCGCUCUACUUGGUAUUUUUCUCCUACCUCUGCGCCGUCGUGAGCGCUUCCCGGUUAACACACCUGGACAAUCCCGCGAAACCAGCAUACAAAUACGGCGAUAACCUCCCCAUCAGCUGCCUGAACAGAACAAUUGACGAUGGACAACACGUCACCGAUGUAGCUGGAAAGCUCCAAUUUAUACCCUUCCCCGAAUGCAAUGAGACCGGCUUGCCUCUUGCGUUUCGCUAUGGCAUCUCCGAAACAAUAACCUGCACCAUCGACUCGCUCUCCGACUCCCUCUACCACCUACUAGAAUACUACGUCCACUCCGAUGUCCCUCUCGCAUGCCGCAUACCUACCGCCCCCUUAGACGGAUCCAGCACGAAAUUCAGCUCGAGAAAAGAUGACAUCAAGGAGAAGGACAGGCAUAAGAAGAAGAAGAGCAAAAGCAAGGAUAAAGACGAAGAAGAGAGCGGGGAUGAGCUUUCUUCGACGCCGUUUACGCCCAUGACCUUUGCGGUGCAAGGGACGCUCCAAUACAGCCAUUUGCACAUGUGGACGGAUUUGAAUGUUCUCUUUCACCGAUCUACAAGCAUACAGUCAAAGGGCGCAAAGCCUUCUACACACCACAUACACGGCCAAGUUGUAGCUGGAUCGGCAUAUUCCUUCCCGCUGGCAGCUAAACGGGAUAAGGAAGGGAAGCUUGACAGGACGAUAAGCGUGCCUUUGGACCCCUGGGCGGCGGGGAAGGGGAGCAAGAUUGUUCGUGGGGAGCCAGUUACUUUCACAUUUAGGGUCGGCUGGGUGGAUGAGAGUGAUAUCUCUUUCCUUUCGGCACAGCCGCAUGGAAGUUGGGGUGCAUUUGGAAUGAUGUUAUGGCGGGCCAGCAUGCAUGUUAUGGCCGGCGUGGCUGGAGGUAUCCUUGCUAUAUGGUGGGAUCGAACACUUGGAUCAAGACGAAAAGGAAGCCGAUGGGAUGGAGAUGGGUUGUUGGGCAACAUACCCGGUUCAUCAAAAGGGUUUUUUGGAUCACGACGUGCUGGUACCGCGUCCAGUAGUACUACGAGUAUAGGUGGUUAUGGAGGGUACGGGCUAAGCAGUGCUGGAAGUCAUGGCUACAAUGGCUUCUCUAGCGGGAAAAGAGACUGA